AUGAUAAAAUCAUAUGUAUUAGCUGAUAGUUGUAAAAGAACAGACAAUCAAGAUAAUGAUCACAAUGAGUCUUUUGAUGAUUCUAGAAAAUAUAAUAAAAAAGAUUCAAGGAGAACAAAAUUUUCACCAAUAUUACCACCAUUGGAAGAUCAAACAAGCUGGCCUGCUCCCGCCCAAGUUUUAAUUAAAGAUAAAGAAAAGGAAAUGGUUGAUUUUUUGGAAAAGAAACAAACUAAUGACUCCUAUGCCAAAAAAGAAGAGAGUUUGGUUGAUGACCCUGAUAAGAAACAGUCCAUAAAUCCGAAAGAUGUUGCCAUCCCUGAAUCAGAGUUCAAACUUCAGUCUCUUAAGCCUAUUGUGCUUUCGGGUAUCAGAAAUGUCAAUUUGAUAGAAACUUCAGAUUGUGUAUUCAAGGUUGGACGUACUAUAGGAAUAACUAAAGGACGUAUUGACGAUUAA